AAAUGGAGGCAUCUUGGACUUAUCGCCCACAGAAUCAUUAUAAGAAUCUCUUUCCCCAUUCACAGCCGCAUUUUCAAUCUGCUUCUGAACAUGGACAAAAUCCACCACAAGUUCAUCAAUGUCCAAGGACUGAACCUGCACAUCGCCGACACCGAAGCAGGUUCCAACGUGGUGGUGUUCUUGCACGGUUUCCCAGAGAUAUGGUACACGUGGCGCCAUCAGAUGUUGGCUGUUGCAAAUGCUGGCUUCAGGGCUAUUGCUCCUGAUUAUAGAGGCUAUGGCUUAUCAGACCCCCCACCUGAACCAGCGAAGGCUACCUUUAAAGACAUCGUAACUGAUCUUCUUGCAAUUUUAGACCACCUCGGCCUUGCCAAGGUUUUUCUUGUUGCAAAAGAUUUUGGAGCCCGGCCGGCCUAUCAGUUUGCACUUCUCCAUCCAGAGAGGGUUACUGGAGUUGUAACAAUGGGAGUGCCUUAUAUCAUUCCAGGUCCCCCUCGGUUCCGUGAAUCUCUUCCUGAAGGCUUCUAUAUAUCAAGAUGGCAGGAACCUGGACGAGCAGAAGCUGAUUUUGGUCGCCUUGAUGCAAAGACAGUAGUAAGAAACAUCUACAUACUCUUCUCCAGAAGUGAAAUACCAAUAGCUGCUGAAAACCAGGAGAUCAUGGAUUUGGUGGAUGCUUCUGUUCCUCUUCCGCCUUGGUUUACAGAGGAAGAUCUUGCAGAAUAUGGAGCUUUGUAUGAAAAAUCUGGAUUUCAAACUGCAUUGCAAGUUCCUUACAGGAGUUUUCAGCAAGAUUAUGGCACGGCAGAUAUAAUAGUAAAAGUCCCAGCCUUGCUGAUCAUGGGUGAGCAAGAUUACGUCUUUAAAUUUCCAGGGAUGGAGGACUACAUAAGAAGUGGAAAGGUGAAAGAUUUUGUGCCAGAUUUGGAGAUCGUAUAUUUGCCUGAGGGGACCCAUUUUGUUCACGAACAGUUGCCAGAUCAGGUGAAUCAGCUAAUCCUCACCUUCCUCAACAAACAUGUAUGAGUUACAAGGGUUCCUUGAAGAAUUUACCAGAUUACUGAGGCUUAUGUGAGGUCCUUGAAAUAUAUAUGAAUGUGACUUGAAUAAUGUGUGCAAUAUAUAUAGUGUGAGAGAAACUUACUUUUGUGCUAGCCUUAUGUGUGGCUUGUACCAUAUGUUUUUGCAAACCAGAAGUAUACUAAUAAUGAAUCGAAUGCCAGCCUCAGAUACUUUGGUUUUUAA